GAUGUCCACAAGCUCCUCCACGUCCAAGCGUUCUCGGCUCGCGAGUUUCUCGAGACCAUCGUUUACAAAGACCUUUCUCCGAAGGACGGACCCAAGUGCUGCAUCAUCAUCUCGAUGCCUACAGCGGGCGAGAUCAAAGACCCCGCACACGCCCACGGCGUAUAUACGUCUGUCGAAACCCUCCGCGAGGUUGGAGAUGGGAAGGUGGAAGUAAUCAUGUCCCUCACUAGUAAUGCGGGCGGAAACAUUCCGAGGUGGAUGCAGAACAUGGCCAUGGCGGGACAGAUUCUCAGCGACGGACAGAGAUUCUUCAAGUUUCUCCGUGAGCAGCCAAAGCCGGCUGAGGUUUGA